UAUUAUAAUAACGAGAUGCAUGCACUUCCGUUGCUCUGUUAUAAAAGAGUUCACGAUAUCAGACGUAAUUCAUUUCAUUUGGAUGAACAAUGGAGUUUAAAACAUUCAGUUUGUGCUGGGUAUUGUUGGUCGCCAGGGCAGCUGGAUUGCCCAAUGACGAAAGUUUUAGAGUGAGAAUUGAUCGACAUCACAAUGCUCAAUUCGGUGAAGGAAUUCGUGAUUGGUUCAAGAACAUGAAAGAUCGGGUCCUUGGACAGCCUGAUCCAGGCCUGCAGCCAGAUCAGAUUCGUGAGAUGCAGGAAGUGCAGACUGGUUGGUUUCAAGAUCGCCUGAUGAGUCCUGGACGUUUUGUUGUGGAUCUUGCUAAUGUAAAAUUUGAUCCGGCACGUGAUUGGGGAUUUCGUAUUGGUAACUGGUACUUUAUCAGGAAGAGUGAUUCCUCCAAUGACUUCAGUUACAGUGGUACUUGGGAUAAAACCAAUUUGCAAACUACUGAAGGUGGUGAUUGGAUAGAACUAGAUACUGGAAAUCGUGGAAACUUUGACUAUUCUAUCACAACUGAAACAACGCAACCUGAAUUACCUAAAGUCGAACCUACUUUAGAAACAACAUCAAUUCUUAGUCUUGUAACUUCUGUUAAAGAGGUGGAAUUAUCUGAAGAAAAUGAAACUGGUAGCAACAUUAAUCCACCAGAAGCGGAGGUUGUGAUUCCAAAAAACUAAGUAGACCUAUGCAAAUGUUGGGUAAACAAAUAGUCGGGCAGUUGGAAGUAAAAAACUUUUAAAUUGUAUUUCUGCCUGUACUUUAGAACUGUAUAGCUAAGUAUGUAAUGCCAAAUAAAUAUAAUCGGACGGAGCUAAUACAAUUUUUUAA